UCUUCGACUGUAAUAUCCAACUCUCAUCGUAUUCUUCACCCCACUUACUAUCAUCUGUUGCUUCUCCAAAUAUAGUGUCAAUAAAUCAAGUCUCCACGACCAUGUUCUUAAUCCAGAUCAUAUUUGCUCUUCAUUUAUUAGGAUGCUAUAGUGUUUCAACGCACCCAAUCUUAUCCGUGAGCCCAUUAGUGAAGAGGGCACUGCCUGCAGCCUCAGGUGUUCACCUGGAACAAACCAUUUCUACAGGAGUCUCACAUGCAGAAGCUGGAUUAAGUAGCACACAUGGUUUUGAAUUUGAUACUAUGGGUUCAAACAUGGGAAAAGCAGAUGAAAGUCUAAAUGUCUCAAAAACUGAUAAGAAGAAUGUAGAUGGGCAUGAGCUUCUACCAGUCUAUUCUUUUUCCACAUAA